AUGCAAGGACAAGGGCAGAAGUCAGUCGGUUCUAAGAGAGAACCUGUGUGGAUCAGUCGCAUUCUUCCUCCUCCAUCAAGGAAACCAACUAGUGCAGACUCGGGAAUGGUUGAUUAUCUCAGUGGUGAUGUUUACAAGACAGAGCGAUUUUCAGGAGCAUCGGGAUCUAUACAUACUGCUGUCCCAGACAAUUCCAACAACCGUAAUCCGGUCCAUCCCCCCAGUCCGAUGCUAUCUUCUACCCCUCUUGAUUUCAUCAAUCCCACAGCAUCAAUGUUCGCACCAAAACCUGCUUACAAAGAGCCUGUUCCUACAAGCAAAUCUGCCGACCAAUUGCCUCGUGCUCCUUGGGAUGUUCUGUCCCCAAAUGUCAUCCCACCUCCACCUUCUAGGUACAACCGAAGGCAGCAGUUUUUUGAGGAACAACAUGUUUAUGGUGGUGGCCUCGCUAAUUCGAGUAGUGUGUCGGGUUCUUAUGAUUUCUUUAGCUGUACUAACCCAGAAUCUCUCAAUCAAAUCACCAACCUCCAAACAAGAAAAACCAGAAGAUGCCAUUUUUAA